AUGCAGUUCAAUUUUAUAUUCUGGGCCUUGUUACUGCUGGCGGUUGGUGAUGGGUUAGCGUUCGACUACUGUGCGGCUUCGGAAGAGCUAUGCUCCAUGCCCGGUACGCGUCACGUCGUUUGCAAUGGCCGGAAAUUUUCGCCUGCUUGCCUACAUCCAAAGCUUAUCAAGAUGAAGCCCGAAUAUCAGGCCCAGAUACUGGAGUACCAUAACAGACUGCGCAAUAAUCUUGCUUGCGGAUACUUUCGACGGUACGCUGAAGCAACCUCGAUGGAACAGUUGCACUGGGACAAUAAACUCGCGCGCAUGGCUGAAUACAAUGCGAGAACAUGCAACUUUGAACACGAUCAAUGUCGAAACACGCGCAAAUAUCGCUCCGUUGGUCAAAAUCUUGCCAUCAAUUGGUUCUACGGGAUGAACGUUACUGUGUUGCAGGCAUUGGACAAGUUUCAACGCCACUGGUUCUUGGAAUACGGGAAAGGCCGUCAGAAAAUGCUCGACCGUUACUCCCAACACUCGAUUCAGGCCGGCAUUGGACACUUCACACAAAUGGUACACGCUAAUACGCAGUACAUCGGUUGUGCGAUGGUACGCUUCCAAGGGAUUCGGCAAGGGCUUCCGGUGACACAGUACUAUCUAGUAUGUAACUACUCCGAGGGCAAUCUAUACGAGCGGCCCGUCUAUCGGAAGGGAAAACGGUGCAGCAAGUGCAAAUACGGUUGCACCGACAACACGUCCUACAGAUGUCUGUGCCGUUCGCUCGAGCGAAACUAG